UGUCUCAAUAACAUUCCCGGGAAACGCGGACGGCAGUAUACUUUGGCCUUUACUAUGAUGGCGCGUUUCCAAAGUUAUUAAUAUCGUAAAUCUACUGUGUUUUACUACCUUGACAUUAAAUCACAGAAAACUGCAACGACGGCGACGAUUUCCGCUUCCAAAGUCCAACUCCAACUCCAUCAGCUGGUUACUUUCGGUUUUAACUGCAGGCAGUAAAGGCGUUGUUAGUGGUUUUUGAACAACUUCAGCUUUUAUCACCACAUAAAUUGCAUUAUUAUCUCAGAAGGACAGUGGUGAAAAUGAAUUAUUUUUGGAUGACAGUGCUUUUGCUCGUGACUGGUGCAUCUGCUGUGAAGAUAGAUGGAGUAUCAGUGUCAGUGAUGGAGGGAGAUUCAGUCACUCUAUACACUGAUGUUACAAAAACCCAGGUCAACAAAGUGAAAUGGUAUUAUAAUGGUGCUCGCAUCGCUCAAAUCACUGGAGAUCCCAAUAAAACCUGUACAGAUGUUCAGUGUAAUAAAGGUACUGAGAGAUUCAGAGACAGACUGAAGCUGGAUCAUCAGACUGGAUUUCUGACCAUAAUGAACAUCACAAACACAGACUCUGGACUCUAUAAACUGCAGAUAAUUAUCACCAGCAGCAGCAGCAGUGACAAGAUCUUCAAUGUUACCAUCCAUGAUCUUACAGUGGCGUUUGAUACAAUCAACCAUCAGAUUUUGAUCUCACGGUUAGAAACUUGCGUUGGUAUUCGAGGUAAUGCCUUAAAUUGGAUUAAGUCUUAUUUUCAAGACAGAAGUUUCUCUGUUCAGAUGGGUGAAGGUCAGAUCUUGAGUAAAUAUGGUGUGUCAUUUCACUGUUACGCAGACGACACCCAGUUGUAUCUACCUCUGAAGCCAACUGCCUCUAUCGCUGCGGGUUGGUGGAAUGUCUUG